AUUCUAAACAAGUUAUCUUACUUCGAGAGACGGAAGAUCCCUCAUGUGCGACCGCUUCCAUUUUUUGGUAACAUGGCACCUUUUGCUUUUCGACGUAUAUCCGCUGCGGAGCUCAUACAAAGAAUAUACAACCGCUUUCCGGACGCAAAGUACUUUGGCUUCUUCGAAUUUAUAACGCCGACUUAUGUUAUACGUGAUCCAGACCUGAUUUCCACGAUAGCCAUCAAAGAAUUCGACAAUUUCAUCGAUCAUCGUGGUUUCGUCAACAGCACUCUGGAUCCGAUAGCCGGUCAAAAUCUAUUUAACCUGAAAGGUGAUCACUGGCGCGAAAUGCGAAAACUUAUUAGCCCCAGUUUCACGUCCAGUAAGAUGAAGAUGAUGUUCGAACUUAUGUGCAAAUGCGCCGAGAACUUCACCAAUUUUGUAGCAACGCAAUCCGGAGAAAUCGGCAAGACAUAUGAUAUAAAAGAUCUACUUUGCAGAUACGCCAACGACACGGUGGCCACAUGCGCCUUCGGUAUCGAUUUGGAUUCUUUUAAGUAUCCGAAGAACGAAUUUUUCCUGCUUGGCAGGAAAGCAUUAAAUUUUGACGGCGUCCUAUCUUUCAAGUUCUCCAUGCAUAGAAACUUCCCUUUUCUUGCGAAUCUCUUCAAACUGAGAAUGUUUGGUCCAAAGGUAGAGAAUUUUUUCAAAGAAGUCGUGUCUGACACGUUGAAAGUCAGAGAUGAGCAGGGAAUUGUUCGCCCGGACAUGAUUCAGUUGAUGAUGGAAACCAGGAAGAAAAAUAGUGGACCUCAGUUCAACAUCGACGAAAUGACGGCUCAGGCGUUCGUUUUCUUUCUCGCUGGAUUCGAUUCUGUUUCAACAGCUAUGUGUUUCAUGCUGCACCACGUCGGUGUCGAUCCCGAUAUUCAGAAAAAAUUGAGAGAAGAAAUCGACGAUGUUCUCAGACAGACUAACGGCAAGCCUACCUACGAGGCCAUCAAUCGCAUGAAAUAUUUGGACGCCGUGGUAAACGAAUCUCUCAGAAUGUAUCCAGUAGCAACUUUUCUAGACAGAAUAUGCGUCAAAGAGACCGAAUUGCCACCAGCGACUCCGGAUGGUAAACCAAUCACGAUAAAGCCUGGAGAUUCCAUAUGGUUCCCGAGUUUCGCUGUGCAUCGUGAUCCAAAGUACUAUCCACAUCCAGAUAAGUUCGAUCCAGAGAGAUUCCUUAACGGCAAUGUAGACAACUCAAUCUAUAUGCCAUUUGGUAUCGGGCCUAGAAUCUGCAUAGGUAAUAGGUUCGCCCUAAUGGAAUCAAAAGUCAUGCUGUUCCAUAUACUUUGGCACUGCGAUCUCGAACCUGAUGUUAAAACUAGCAUUCCGAUAGUGUUGAAUAAGAAAACAUUCGUUAUGAUGUCGGAGAAAGGUUUUUGGUUGAAAUUGCGAGCAAGGAAAUCGAAGACUCCAGUUAUGCAAUGCUCUGUGUCGAACGGAUACAAAGUUGAGGGACAAUAAUGAAGCACAUACGUAAAAUUGACUUUUUAAAUUAUAUACCAAGAAUCCAACUUCUUCCUUAAUUAAACAUGUAAAAAAUUAAAAGUUUUAGAAAAGCUAUGUUUUUUUUUAAUUGGAUCGCAUCGUUGUUUUAAAAAAAACUGAGGUAAAAAUUUAUUGAAUAUAUUUAUAAUGUUCUGGUAAAAUAUAGUAAGUGUAGUACUAUGAAUUGUAAAUUUCUUUUUUGUUUUAUCUUUGUUUAUAUAUAAGUCAGAUAAAUUUUGUAAGUAAUGGA